AUGUCCAUUGAGAAAGUGCCAAUCUUGGGUAAAGAAACUAUCCAUGUUGGCUAUGGCAUUCAAGACCAUAUUGUCACUGAAGUGGUUGACAAUUUGGCUUCUUCUACUUAUGUUAUAGUUACCGAUACCAAUGUUGAGAAGACUCCACAAUUUUCCAAAUUAACUAAUGAUUUCACUAAAGUAUUGAAUGAAAAACGUCCUGACUCAAGAGUAUUGACUUAUAGUGUCCCACCAGGUGAAAAUAAUAAAAACAGAGCUACAAAGGCAGCUGUUGAAGAUUUUCUUUUGCAACAAGGAUGUACUAGAGAUACUGUCAUAAUAGCCGUCGGAGGUGGUGUGAUUGGUGAUAUGAUUGGAUUUGUCGCUGCCACUUUCAUGAGAGGUGUCAGAGUUGUCCAAGUUCCAACUACUUUAUUAGCCAUGGUUGAUUCAUCAGUUGGUGGUAAAACUGCCAUUGAUACUCCAUUGGGUAAGAAUUUUAUUGGUGCUUUCCAUCAACCUCAAUAUGUUUUUAUUGAUGUUUCCUAUUUGGAAAGUUUGCCAACUAGACAAUUCAUCAAUGGUAUGGCUGAAGUUGUUAAAACUGCUGCUAUUUGGAACGAAGAAGAAUUUACCAGAUUAGAAAACUUUUCCAAACAAUUUCUUUCCGUCGUUACAGCAAAAAACCCAGACUUGUUGUCUAUUAAAGAAGAAUUGGUUAAAACUGUUUUAGAAUCUGUGAGAGUUAAAGCCGAAGUUGUCUCUUCUGAUGAAAAAGAAUCUAGUUUGAGAAACUUGCUUAAUUUUGGACACACCAUUGGUCAUGCUAUUGAAGCUAUUGUCACCCCUGAAGCUUUACACGGUGAAUGUGUUUCCAUUGGUAUGAUUAAAGAAGCCGAAUUAGCAAGAUAUUUGGGAAUUUUACCACCAGUUGCCGUUGCUAGAUUAUCAAAGUGUCUCGUUGCCUAUGGCUUACCAGUUACCAUCGAUGACAAAUUAUUCUUGCAAAGAGUUGGUCCUAAGCGUCACAACAUUGAAAUUGAUCUUUUAUUAAAGAAAAUGUCUAUUGAUAAAAAGAAUGAUGGUAGUAAAAUCAGAAGUGUUAUCUUAGAAAGCAUUGGUAAAUGCUACCAAUUGAAAGCACAUGAAGUUUCCAAACAAGAUUUGACUUUUGUUUUGACUGACGAAGUCUUGGUUCACCCAUUCAAGCAACCACCACAAGAAAAUGUCAUCACUCCACCAGGUUCAAAAUCUAUCUCCAACAGAGCAUUGAUUUUGGCUGCUUUGGGUACUGGUACCGUACGUAUUAAGAACUUGUUACACUCAGAUGAUACCAAACACAUGUUGGCUGCUGUUGCAGCUUUGAAAGGUGCAGAAAUUACCACUGAAGAUAAUGGUGAAACCAUUGUCCUUAAAGGAAAUGGUGGUGAUUUAGUUACGUGUGAUGAAGAAUUGUACUUGGGUAAUGCUGGUACUGCAUCCAGAUUUUUAACUACUGUUGCUUCAUUGGUUGGCAAAUCCGAAUCAAACGAUCACGUUGUGUUGACUGGUAAUGCAAGAAUGCAAGAAAGACCAAUUGGUCCAUUGGUUGAUGCUUUAAGAUCUAAUGGUUCAGAAGUCCAAUAUUUGAACAAAGAAGGAUCAUUACCUUUGAAGAUUACCGCUGGUAAUGGAUUGAAAGGUGGCCGUAUUGAAUUGGCUGCUACUAUUUCUUCUCAAUAUGUUUCAUCCAUUUUGAUGUGUGCUCCUUAUGCCAAAGAACCUGUCACUUUAGCUUUAGUUGGAGGUAAGCCAAUUUCUCAAUUGUACAUUGACAUGACAUGUGCAAUGAUGAAAUCUUUUGGUAUUGAAGUCACCAAAUCUACCACAGAAGAUUACACUUAUCACAUUCCAAAGGGAACUUACAAAAACCCAGCAGAAUAUGUUAUUGAAUCAGAUGCUUCUUCUGCUACUUAUCCAUUAGCAUUUGCUGCCAUGACUGGUACUUCAUGUACUGUUCCAAAUAUUGGUUCUUCAUCAUUACAAGGUGAUGCUAGAUUUGCUGUUGAUGUUUUGAAACCAAUGGGAUGUAAAGUUGAACAAACUGCCACUUCCACCACCGUCACUGGUCCACCAAGAGGUCAAUUAAAACCAUUGCCACAUGUUGAUAUGGAACCUAUGACCGAUGCAUUUUUGACUGCUUCUGUUGUUGCUGCAGUUGCCCAAGGUGACUCUUCCACUACCAUUACUGGUAUUGCUAACCAAAGAGUCAAAGAAUGUAACAGAAUUGAAGCCAUGAUUACUGAAUUGGCUAAAUUUGGUGUUAAAGCCGAUGAAUUGCCAGACGGUAUUGAAAUUCAUGGUAUUGAUAUUGCUGAUUUGAAGACCCCAUCAAUUGAAAAAAGAGGUGUCUGUUCAUAUGAUGACCAUAGAGUUGCUAUGUCAUUUUCAUUAUUAUCUGGUUUAUGUAAAGAACCUGUGUUGAUUUUAGAAAGAUCAACCACUGGUAAGACCUGGCCAGGUUGGUGGGAUAUCUUGCACUCCAAGUUCAAUAUUGAACUUGAUGGUUACGAACCACCAUUUGGUACAGACAAAGAAGGUACAAAAGCUUCUGAUAAGAGUAUCAUCAUUAUUGGUAUGAGAGGUACUGGAAAAUCCACGUUGUCAGAAUGGUUGGCUUCAUUUAUGGGAUUCAAAUCUUUAGAUAUGGAUGUCUAUUUGGAAGAAAAAUUGGGUAAUGAUAUUAAAUCUUUGAUCAAGGAAAAAGGCUGGGAGUAUUUCCGUGAACAAGAAGCUGCCAUUGCUAAAGAAUGUUUCUCUAAAUUUUCUAAAGGUUAUGUUCUUUCAACUGGUGGAGGUAUCGUUGAAGGUGCAGAAAACAGACAAAGAUUGAAGGACUACAUCACCGCUGGAGGCAUUGUCUUACAUUUACACCGUGACUUGGAAGAAACUGUUAGUUUCUUGUCUGUUGAUACCACUAGACCAGCUUACACCAGUGAAGUUAAAGAAGUGUGGUUAAGAAGAGAACAAUGGUAUGAUGAUUGCUCCAAUUACCAUUUCUACUCCAGUCACUGUAAUACUGAAGAAGAGUUUGAUCACUUGAGAAAAUCUUUUGUUAAUUUUAUCAAGAUUAUAACUGGUACUGAAAAAGCAAGUAUUCCAAGUGGUAGAUCUGCUGCUCUUAGCUUGACUGUACCAGAUUUGAAUGCCAUUUCUAGUCAAUUAGGUGAUAUUGCAGUUGGCGCGGAAGCGGUUGAAUUGAGAGUUGAUUUAUUAAAAGAAACUAGCUCAUCAUUUAUUGCUGAUCAAAUUGCAGUAAUUAGAAAACAUAUUGAUUUACCAAUAAUUUACACUGUGAGAACCGAAUCUCAAGGUGGAAAAUUCCCAGACAAUAAGGUUGAAGAAUUGAGAAAUUUAUUAUUGCUUGGUGUGAAGUUGGGUGUUGCUUUUAUUGAUGUUGAAUUGACUGCUCCAGUUGAAGUUAUCGAAGAAAUCAUCAUUAAGAAGGGCUAUACCAGAGUUAUUGCCUCAUAUAAUGAUAUUGCUGGUAAGUUGGGAUGGAGCAAUGUCGAAUGGACUAAUAAAUACAACCAAGGUGUUUCUAUCAAUGCUGAUAUUGUGAAAUUGAUUGGAAGAGCUUCUUCUCUUCAAGACAAUUUAGAAUUGGAAGUAUUUAGAAAGCAAAAUACUUUGAAACCGUUGCUUGCUGUUAAUUUGGGCUCUCAAGGUAAAUUAUCUCAAGUAUUGAAUACUAUUUUCACACCAAUUACUCAAGAAUCACUUCCAAAUGAAGAUGGUUUGUUGACAAUCAAAGAAAUUAAUCAAAUUUAUUUUGAUAUUGGUGGAUUAACUGCUAAGAAAUUCUGGGUUAUUGGAUCCCCAAUUCAACAUUCUAGAUCACCAAACUUACACAAUGCUGCUUACAAGGCAUUGAAUUUACCAUUUACUUUUGAUAGAUUUGAAUCCACUGAUGCUGAUCAAGUCUAUAAGGAAUUGAUUAACAAGCCAGACUUUGGUGGUUUAGCAAUUACUAUGCCAUUGAAAUUAGAUAUAAUGAAAUAUGCUACUGAAUUAUCUGACGCUGCACAAAAAAUUGGUGCUGUUAACACUUUGGUUCCAUUAGAAGGUGGAUAUUUAGGAGAUAACACUGAUUGGGUUGGUAUCACUAGUUCUUUCACAAGAGCAGGUGUUCCACCAAAUCCACGUGUCAAUGGUUUAGUUAUUGGUGCUGGUGGUACUUCAAGAGCUGCUAUUUAUGCAUUACAUCAAAUUGGAUGUGAAAAGAUCUACUUGGCUAAUCGUACAACUUCCAAAUUGAAUGAAAUUAAGGACUCAUUCCCUAAAGAAUAUAACCUUGAAGUUUUAGAAACAGAAGAUCAAGCUGAAAAGGCACAAAAUGUUGGUUUGGCAGUUUCUUGUGUUCCUGCUGAUAAACCAUUGGAUGAAAGUUUAUUACAAAAAGUUGAAAAGAUUUUAGCAAAUGGUGAAAAAUCAAGUAAUGGAUUCAAAUCAACUUUAUUGGAAGCUAGUUACAAACCAAGAGUAACACCAAUGAUGAAGAUUGCUGAUGAAAAAUUCAAAUGGAGAGCUAUUCCUGGUGUUGAAAUGUUGGUAAACCAAGGUGAUAGACAAUUCCAAAUCCAUACUGGAUUUACUGCCCCAUAUGAUGUUAUUCAUCGUGCUGUUGUUGAAGAAUAG